AUAUACUAUCCUUCAUACUGUGAGAAUUGUAAUGGAAUUUAUACACUAUUCCUAUAGUAUAUAUUUGACUAUAUUUUUGUCAUUAUAUUCCACUGCACGAACUGAUACAGUAUUUAUCAAUUUGGUGUAGGCUCAAAAUGAACGCGAAGAUAAUGCACAACUUCGACUUGAGAACGAGAAGCUUCGGAUAAAAUUGUUGAAAUACGAAAACGGUUUGGCUCAAGUUUGCUGUCGAAAAUGUGGCUGCCAAGUCUUUGACGCAACGUUCAUAUUCUCCUUUCUUGGUGAAGAUGACGCCGCUAACUUUCAAUGCCACCGCGGCGGCGGCAUGAACCUCCCCCCUCCCCGCAACCCGGCCCGCCCUUCUACUUCAGAACUUGCUCCGCCUCCAUCCCCUCUCGGUGGCGUGCAAAUAAUAAACAGUCACGAUAGAUUUCCAUCUUUGCCGCAGAGCUCCGGAAGCGUGAUUGGAUGUAGGCCGGGGCAGGGCAACCCGGCCAUCGGUAGUUCUACGGGGGCGGGGAUGUUAAUGCCCCCGCCUCCGGUCCCUGCUUACCGCUAUGGGUGCACUAGUGCUGCAGGCGCCAGACCCAGUAGAAUGCCGCCCCCGGCUUACUUGUGCGGAAACCCCAGUAGUUCGGGGGCGGCGAUGCCGAGGCCCCAGCUGCCGGCACGUGAUUCGCACUCGGGGAGCACGAGUGCUGCACGGGAUGCGCCCGAUGGACACACAGCCGCCGUCGUGUCCCAGACUUUCCGGGAGAGACGGCAGUUGGUGGUGGACAUGGCGAUGAGUGCUAUGGACGAGUUGGUAGAGAUGGCCCAGCUGGUAGAGCCACUUUGGGUGGUUGAUCCCUCCUCGUCUAGAGUGCUGCAGCUAGACGAAGCAGAAUAUGCUUCAAGAUUUGUACUUUCUGCCCCAAACCAGCUGCAGCCGUCCCCUGGGUCUAAUAAUUAUAAGGCUCAGGCUUCGUGUGGAAGUGCCAUUGUGAGGAUGAGGCUUAGC